UCUUUCUUGUUUGAGGUUAUCUUGCUAUGCUUUUGUUGUUUUUUUACCGUUAAAAUGUACAUACAUUACAGAAAACAAUUCAAAUAAGUUAGUAAAAAAGUGUAUAAGCAUAUUAUUGAAUCGAUACAUGAGCAAAAGUGUCUAAUUAUGUCUACUGGAACGAUAAAUAACUACAUUCAAUUUGUGGAACGGGUUUUCCGAACUUGCCAAGGCGAAACCCUCGGAAAACUGCUCUCCUUGAGAGAUGGACAUGUAGCAAACAGAAACCUACGAUCUAGCGACAUCGCUUCAUUAGUAGAAGGCAACUGUGUGGCGCCUCUCGAUGAAAUAAUUAUAGCACAUCUUUCGUGUGUAAAAGCACUGUACAUGAGAAAUUAUGAUGAAGCGUAUGAGCACCAGACAGCUUGUGUGGCGUCGGUUGUGAGGCUGGUCCAAGCACAACAAGGCGAGAACUGGAUUCUGCCACUUCUAUAUGCUGUCAGUCUGGACUUAAGACUGGUUGCUUUAAAAACAGAAGCUGUUAAUCCCACCAAUGGAAAGACUUUGGAAAAGGCUGCAGAUAGUCUUCUGGCUGGUUUCAGAGUGUGCGUCGGAGACACAAGGACAAAUGAGCCAUAUACCAAAAAAAUUGGCAUGCUGACUAUUGUCAACCAACUGCUGAAAGUUUAUUUUUACAUUAAUAAAAUACAUUUGUGUAAGCCUCUGAUUAGAGCUAUUGAUUCCACAAAUUUGAAGGAGCCCUUUCCACUAGCCCAGCGAAUUACGUACAAGUAUUUUGUUGGCAGAAAAGCCAUGUUUGAUUCUGACUACCGCUCAGCUGAUGAGCACCUGUCUUUUGCAUUCCAAAACUGCCACAGGAAAAGUAUAAAGAACAAAAAGCAGAUAUUGACUUAUCUAGUGCCUGUGAAAAUGUUGCUUGGAUUUAUGCCAACCAAAAGAGUGGUAUGCAAGUAUGAUCUGGCGCUGUUUUGGGACUUGGCCUGUGCUGUGAAGAAUGGAAACUUGCGAGGCAUUGACCAAGUAAUGGAGGAACACGAGAGCUUCUUCAUCCAGGCUGGUAUCUAUUUAAUUGUUGAGAAACUGAAGAUUUCUGCUUAUAGAAAUCUCUUCCGGAGGGUGUAUUUAGCAGAAAACUCCCACCAGAUUGAAAUAGCCAGCUUCCAAGCUGCUUUGCAGAUAAUGGGCCAUGAUGAUGUGGAUGCUGAUGAAACACAAUGUAUUGUGGCCAAUCUAAUUUACGAUGGGAAAAUAAAAGGGUAUAUUUCAUACCAGCAUCAGAAAGUUGUGGUUAGUAAACAAAGUGCAUUCCCAGCGUUGACCUCAUUAUACUAAACUUUGUAGAUUAAGUAACUUUUGUAUGAACCUUCCCAUAAAUAAAAAACCAAUCACAUUAAACUUUUUUAUUAAAUCCACAAUAUAUUUCAAAGAAUAAUAUAAAUAUAAUAAAUUUUGCCCAUCACUAACAUAGCAUUAUAUCCAACAAUGCUGCAUAUAUUUUUAAGUCUUACAGUUAAAAUGUCUGUGAUUCUAAUAGAAAGACACAAUCUAAUCUAUUUUUACAGCAAUGUCCCUUAUAAAAUACACAGUUUAAAGUUUGUAUGAAGUUGAAAAUUGAAAGGCUGCAGUGAUGUGCAAUGCUGUUCAUCUGUUGUUAUCUGUGAUUGAUCUUGCUACAGUAUAUUUUUAGCUAAUUCAAAUAUCUUUUGCAUCAUGCAUUUGAUUUUUAGAUAUGUUUCAGUGCAACAUUUGAUAUGCAUUUAACAUAUUACUCUAAGCUCUUGUGUAAAUUUUCUUUUGUUAGGAAGACAUUUCACUUUUUUAUAACAUAAAAAGAUCUAAUUGCACAUCACCACAUUUGAAAAUUUAUUUGGUAGAAAAAUAUUACGAAAUAUUUGACUAGCUAUUCAUUUAUAUUCUUUUAUUUUUAUAUAUUUUCUUAUAUUAAACACUUACUAGCUAACAUGUUUCUUCUACA